GUUAAAACCGCAGACAUGCAGCGCAGAGUCCUACUCUUCUGGCCAGUUGAGAGCUCAGCCUUUGUCAUGUCCUGCAGUGCCUGGGCGGAUCUGACAGGAACUUCCCAACUCUCAGCAUGGAUCAGGCAACUAUCCUGGUGAGAUUCCUCAGACAGUCACAGAGCAAGAAAUGUAGCAAAGAGGAGAACAUUGCGGGGGAGUUUCUGAGAUUGAAAAGGCAGUCAGUGAAAAACAAGAAUGACAAAAUCUAUCCAGUGGGUCACGCAGAGAAGCAAGAGAAUAUCAAGAAAAAUCGUUACAAAGACAUUGUACCCUUUGAUCACAGCCGAGUGCAGCUGUCACUGAUAAUUUCCGACACUGAUUCUGAUUAUAUCAAUGCAAGUUUUAUCAAGGGAGUGUAUGGACCAAAAGCCUAUAUAGCAACACAAGGUCCUUUGCCCCAUACAGUGACAGACUUCUGGAGGAUGCUGUGGGAGUAUAAUGUCCUGGUGGUGGUCAUGGCCUGUCGAGAGUUUGAAAUGGGACGGAAAAAGUGUGAGCAAUAUUGGGCAAGCAUAGGAGAGGAUCCAUAUUGCGUCGGGCCGUUCUGUGUUACUUGCGAAGAAGAGAAGGCCAAACCGGAAUAUAUCAUCAGAACAUUGAAAGUUCAGUUUCAAAACAUCUAUCGGACUAUGUAUCAGCUUCACUAUGUCAACUGGCCGGAUCAUGAUGUUCCAUCUUCAAUAGAUCCCAUCUUGGAGUUGAUCAAGGACAUGCGGAAUUAUCAGCCACAUGAUGACAUUCCCAUCUGUAUCCACUGCAGUGCUGGCUGUGGAAGGACGGGGGUGAUCUGUGCCAUUGAUUAUACCUGGAAGCUGCUGAAGGACGGGAUAAUUCCAGAAAAUUUCAGUAUUUAUGACUUGAUUCAAGAGAUGAGAACACAAAGAACAUCAAUUGUACAAACCAAGGAACAGUACGAGCUGGUUUACAAUGCAAUCAGUGGUCUGUUUGAGAAGCACAUAGAAUUCCUAAACACCAAUUCAACCUUCUGUGCAGAUGAGAUUGAUGAGCCAUCUGAGGCAUUAGAAAGACAUCAGCAACCACCAACACACAUUCCCCUUUCAUCAAACUCAUCAAGUCACAGUUCACCAAAAGAGGAAAAUAGCUUGCUCAUCAUGGCGCAAGAGAUUACUGAUUUACAACCCUCGGAUCAACGCGAAGAAUUAGGUUUCUGCCCCCUUGGACGCAAGCCGUCUUACGGAUUAAUAACGGAUUUGAACAGCGACCCCAGUAAAUGUGGAAAUGUCUCAGGACCCCAGGACCCCUCCUCCUGUAUUACGCGAUGCCCACCAGAGAGAAAGCCAGGAAGGCAGCUGGACUUGGACGAUGAUGGGAUAUCAUGGGGUGAAGUGUCCCAGAGCUCAGCCAGGCUGCCUCAGGAGAGAAAAGAGUUUACAAGCAAGGCCUGCUUAUCCAGGGCCAAGUCAAACCCCUUUUCUGCCACAAGCCAGGAUAUUGAACAUUCCACCGGAUUGUUUAAGGUUAAACAAAGCAACUUCUUUGCUUCUUUGGAAGACCUGCUGACCUCCUCUUCAAGUGGCUCUUCAUCAUCUAAGUCAAACAGCUCACCAGCUGUGGAGAAGGCCUGGAAUUCCUGUCACUGGGGAUCUGCUCAGGAAGAGAAUACCAACAUUCCUGAAGACCCAGAAAAACAAUACUUCGUGCAUUUCAGUUCCCCUGUCCACUUCCUCUCCAGUUAUUUUACUGAAGAUCCCUAUUUCUCACCUCCGAACUCAGCACAGCUCCAACCACCGGAAGACAGUGCUAUGUCCUGCCUGAAUGCUCCCUGCCAAUACCUUGAUAAGCUGAUCCCAGCCCGUUGUCGGUCUGAGAAUGAUUACAGCGAGCUACCAACUUUCCCACGGUACAUGGAACCUGGUCUGGCCCAACCAGUGGAAGAAGAACAUUGUCACAGUAUUGCUGAAGUAAAGGAAAAUAAUUCUGAUGAAGAAAUUCCUCCUCCUCUACCAGUGAGAACCCCUGAAUCCUACAUCCUCCCAGAUGACCCUGAGACUGUGCCAGCUCCACCGGUAUCUCAGAAAAUCGGAACAUCUUCAGAGUGGAGUGGAUCCACCCAGCCCAAGACCUUCAUAGAAUCCACGAACGUAAAGACACGGAGUAAGAGUUUAAAACUGAGAGCCUUUAGGAUGGAAAGAAAGUGUGACUCAUUAACACUUCCAAAUUCAAUCACUUUGCCACAAUCUGCCUCCAGACCACCUUCAUCACCUGAGACCGCCAAUUCCAGAUCAUCAGCCGAUUCCAACAAGCCCUUUGCGAGGAGCAAGGUGGGGAAGAGUUUGAAAAUUCUACGGAAUAUGAAGAAGACUAUGACCAGUGUCCCCGCAAUGUCCAGGUCUCCAGAGACAGAACCAAACACAGAACAUACUCGUUCCUUUCUGAAUUUUGGAUUCAAGUGCCGCUUUGCGAAAUCCAAAGGACCAAGAAAUCCUCCUGCAGACUGGGUCUGAAGCGGCCCUUGUGGUGGGGAUCCUCUCGCACCCAGAAAUCAGACAGGACAAGAUGCGAUUGCUGAGACUGGGCUCAUCUUCUGAUUCACUUCAUCAGAAGCGCCACCUCCUGGCAGAUGUGUAAUUCCCCUCGCACAGAGGCAGAGAGAUUCCUCCUCUUCCCCUUCGCAACAGGCAAAGCAGAAGUGAUAUUGCAUUCUCUGAAACUGCACGUUUCCAAGCUUUGCUUCACCGUGGCAUCAUUCAGGAGCUUCCGAAAGAAGAGAAGGACUUUGUGACAUUCUAUGAAAAGAGGAAUUCCACCCCUGUCCCCGGAUGACUCACUGACGCUCAAUUUCAAGAACAUCAGGACUACAGUCAGACCUAUUUACAUGUUUGAAUCUCAUAAACUUAAAUCGUUGCACCUCUUCAAAGAUCUGAAGCUCAAUUUUGCUCUUCUCUGUAGAAAAAUCAUUCUUGCAUGAUGGGGAAAAUAAUCAUUCACACACAACCGAGUUCGGGUGUUUGGGGUUUCUGUAUCUGUGUGUGCGCAUGUGUAAGGAAGCGACGGGGUGAUUGCUGGGCUGACAGUUGAAGGCUUAAAUCAUUCCUGUUGGCUGGCACAAAGUCUUUGCCCACCAUUUGUACAUUUUCAGUGGGCUUGGGGAUGAAUUUGUAAUAAAUAUAUUUGAAACCUAA